GUGACCUUUUGGAAACUGGAUUCUAGGAAAAAGCCUUUCUUCUUUCUCGAUCCCGCUUUAUAGCAUCUAUCUAGUGAAGAAAGAAAAGAUCGCAUUGUUCGCUAGAAGAAGAUUUCAAGAUGGCGGCGAUGGCUCAGCUUCAUUUUUCUGCUAUUGCUGUUCCGAAUCAUUCUCAGAGUCGCCAUCUCACCCCUCUAUGUCAGCGUCUUUUUUCUGCCAAUGGAUCUUUGUUUGCCAGUAAUCUCAUAGUUUCAAUUUCUUCCAAGCAACGGCAUUCAGAUUCGCUCCUCAAACUGCCUCCCCUCUGCGCCGGCAGCGGAGGCGGCGUUGGUGAGAGUGGGUUCGGAGGCGGCGGCAGUAGAGGUGAUGGCGGCGGGGAUUGGAGUUCCGGUGGCGAUUCGGAUGAAUCGAAAUCUUCUUCUGGGGACAAUUUCGGACCGAUAGGAGCCUUUCUCAGCGGAUGGAGAUCCAGGGUUGCUGCCGAUCCGCAAUUCCCUUUCAAAGUUCUCAUGGAGGAAUUGGUCGGUGUCACCGCCUGUGUCAUCGGAGAUAUGGCAUCUCGCCCUAACUUCGGACUCAACGAGCUCGAUUUCGUCUUCUCCACCAUGGUCGUGGGCUCAAUCAUGAACUUUGUCCUCAUGUACCUCUUGGCGCCAACCGCUUCCUCAGCAAGCCAAGCCCUACCUUCCAUAUUCUCUAGCUGCCCACCAAGCCACAUGUUCCAGCCCGGUUCUUACGGCCUGGUCAGCCGGGCAGGCACUUUAGUGUACAAAGGUGUGCUCUUUGCUACAGUUGGGUUCGCAGCUGGGCUGGUGGGAACAGCCAUUUCGAACGGACUGAUCAAGAUCAGAAAGAAGAUGGAUCCGAGUUUCGAAACACCGAACAAACCCCCACCAACCAUAUUGAAUGCUGCCACUUGGGCUAUUCACAUGGGGGUGAGCAGUAAUCUGAGAUACCAAACGCUGAAUGGAGUCGAGUUUGUGCUGGCUAAUUCAGUCCCGGCAUUGGUGUUCAAGAGCUCGGUGAUCGUGUUGAGAUGCGUGAACAAUGUUCUCGGGGGGAUGUCAUUUGUGGUGUUGGCCAGGAUGACUGGUUCACAGAGCGUCGAUGAUGGAGAAAAGAAGACAGUAGCUGCAUUAGAGGAGGAUGAAUUGGCUGCUGAAAAAGAGAGAUUGGUGAAUGCUGAUGAUUCCUCAAAGUAAUUUGGUCUGUAAGCUGUUCAUUUUGUGUUGCACUGUGUUGUUUAUUAUCAUGAUUUUAGUGAAAAUAAAAAAAAGUGCACGUGCUGCAUUAGCGCACGAGUAGGUUUAGCCAGCCUUUUUCCCAGAGGAUCAAAGCUACAUUUCAUUCCUCUUGUUGUUGCGCUUUUUGAAUUAUAAAUGCAACUGAUUUUGAUAUUUCUUAGAGUUCAAUUCUAUGUUUAUCAAUAUGGGACUAUGGGAUAAUGGGAGCUUUAGCUAUGAAUGGAUGCAAGCGAGUAUGAAUAUUUAAAACCAG